CCUCAGUGCCUGGUGUAGUCUGUCCUGUCGGACAGAGAGACACUCAGAAAUGGUGUAGGAUAUCAGGGAAGGAAGGCGAGCAAGGGGAGAGUACGAGGUAUCUGUAGAAGGAUUCCCUUUGUAGGGAAACUUUGCGGUGCUGAUCAUUGAACAAAAGGUGUUGGACAGAGAAUCGUAAGUCGUGGAUCGAAUCCAGGAGGGUAUAGAGCUGCCAUGGAGAGGGCGCAGGCCUCUGUGAGCUCCAGCUCCAGUGCUCCUGCACCAAGCAAUCCCAUCAUCACGUCCAGCUCCAGCAGCAACAACAGCCAGGGAAAUGCCAGCAUCAGCUCCAGCGUCAGUAGCAAUGUCAGUGCCAGCAGCAGACAGCAGACACUGCCACAGAUAUCAGUAUACGGGGGAAUCCCUGACAGACAGACAGUGCAGGUGAUUCAGCAGGCCCUGCACAGGCAGCCCAGUACUGCAGCUCAGUACUUGCAGCAGAUGUAUGCAGCACAGCAGCACCAUCUCAUGUUGCAGACGGCCGCACUCCAGCAACAGCACCUGAGUUUAGCAGCAGUGCAACAGGCCAGCAUUGUAGCAGGAAGACAGAACUGCAGUCAGAGCGGAACUGCAUCUCAGCAGGCCUUAUCCUCUCAGACUACUAUCAAACUGGCCAGCUCUCCUGCAGCAGCGGCUCAGCUGAUCAGCAGAGCUCAGGGAGCGAACACCCCUCCGGUCAGUAUUACCCAGCAGGCUGUGCUACUUGGGAACUCAUCCACCCCAACUCUCACCGCCAGCCAAGCACAGAUGUACCUGCGUGCACAGAUGGCACAGCAAAAUAGCCUUGUGCAAGUAGCUAGGAGCCUAGGCCGUGCUGUUCCUUUGUCCCCCCAGCUCAUACUUACUCCGACUGCUACAGUCGCUGCUGUCCAACCUGAGGCCUCGUCACAGUAUGUCAACCUCCAGUCAACCAGCCCACAGAUGCAGAGCCUGGUGUUGUGUAGCCAGCAGGGGGCAGUGGCCUCUUCUUCCUCCUCCACCACUCAUCCCCAAAUACCCGGGCUCAGUGUAAAGCACAGCAGUGGAGGAGCAACUCAAGUGGCUCUUCCCAGUUUAUCUGUGCCCCAGCUAAAGAGUCUCAGCUCUCAGGCUCAGGGUCAGCAGGGAGCGAAGCCCGGCAUUGUGGGUGCUUCAGAGCCAGCAAAGAUGAGUGAUGGUGUCAGUGAGAUGAAUGCACAUGUGAUCAGUAUGAGCCACAACGUGAGCACAGCAACAAACCAUCCUCUCAUCAAUACUGCAUAUGCACAAUUUCAGACCCAUCAACUGCUCCAGCAACACAAGCAGCAGUUUGUGAUCCAGCAACAACCCCAGCUGCCUCAGAACAGCAUCCAGACACAAGGCCAAGCCGUUCAAACUGUAGCUGUUCAACCUGCUUUAGCAGGUCAACAGUGUGCCAUCCCUGUGCUGCCCAAACCACUUGCUCAGCAAGCCUCCAUCUUCCAUUCGACUGUGAGUCCUAGAAUGCUAAACGGUCAGUCUCCCGUGUUAAAUGCCAGCAAAGUCAAACAGGUGCAACUAACUGCCAUCAAGCUCCAAUUCCAGCCUCCGCCAUCCCAAACUACAGUGACAACACAGGAUAAAUCUGACAAGGAGAACGCUGUUCCUCCUGCAGUAAGAGACGACUGCCUUUGCCAAAGUGAUCAGCAGCUGCUAUGCCAACCAGCGCAAGAGCCAGCCGUGACUGAACAAUGCUUAUAUGAUGGCAGCCAGCUGACAGUGAACGCAGAAGGCCCAGACUCUGCAGUUCCUGUUACUGCGGCUGCACUGGUGUGUGUGAAUGUGAAUGGUAACCCAGCCAUGACUUCGGGCAGCGGGAACAACGCGCCCACAGUGACCGGCAGCACCCCGCACAACGGCCAAAGCAAAACCCCACAAGCCAUCGUCAAGCCCCAGAUCCUCACGCAUGUAAUUGAGGGCUUUGUUAUCCAGGAGGGAGCAGAGCCGUUCCCCGUGGAACGACCGUCGUUGCUUCUCGAGAACGUCAAAAAGAACAAACAGCAGCAGCAGUGCCACUCGGACAUGGAGAAGAAGGUUCAAGAUGCUCACACAGCAGACUCCGAGAUGGAGGAUCUCUCACAGCAAGAUUUGAAGAAUAUGCAGAAGGAACCAACGCUCUCUUGUGAACUGUGUGGGAAAGUCGACUUCGCUUAUAACUUCAAGAGAUCAAAGCGUUUCUGUUCUACAGUAUGUGCAAAAAGGUAUAACGUGGGAUGCACAAAGCGAAUGGGUCUUUUUCCGAGACGGCCAACUCCAGAGAACCCCAAGAAGCCAAAGGCCUCCAGUAAUCACAACACUAACUCAGAGGCCAAAAAACAAAAUCCCAGCACUCAGACAGGCCCAGUGGGCUCAGCACCCUCGCCGCAUCUCACACAGCUGUGUCACGGGGAAUCCAGCCAGUGUUCGGACAUGUCGAGUUAUGACGAGCCUCUGUCUCCCCUGUCCGUAGCCAGCUCUGGAGCUCAGAGGCUGCGAAAGGAGAGAGGAGCAGAUCAUAGCGAGGACCACAGCAGGGAGCUGCCCCUCCUUACCCAGCCCUUCAUGCCCAGCGACCCUGCCAAAUGGAACGUGGAGGAAGUUUACGAGUUUAUCUGCUCACUACCAGGCUGCCAGGAGAUAGCUGAGGAGUUCCGUGCUCAGGAGAUUGAUGGCCAAGCCUUGCUGUUACUGAAAGAAGACCAUCUCAUGAGCACCAUGAACAUCAAACUAGGGCCUGCACUGAAAAUCUUUGCUCGCAUCAGUAUGCUAAAAGACUCCUAGCCUCUCCUUUGGGACUGAAUAUACCCAAAACUCCUGCACUGAUUUCUCUUCAUAUCCCAUUACGGUUAUGAAUCAAGAAGCCUUGGGCAGUAGCUCAGAGCCCCAAGAGUUUAAGGCCAGACUUUUUCUUCCCAGCUUGCUGAGAAGUGAGGAGGGAACGAUGUAGAGUCUGGUUAGCCUAGUCAUUACCCCAUAGGGGAACAAUCAGCUUGAUGAAAUACAAGCACAAAUAUCUGGGCAUCUGAUUUAAGUUCUGUUCACAAAUGGCUGAUUCUGCACACAAGGAAAAGUUAAUAAAAUGCAUCAUGUGAACAGGUUUACAUUUCAAAUUCAGGUUUACAUUUUAGAACUGGAUUUUUUCAUUUUUUUUUUACAUGCCAAGGACUUGUUCAGGUGCUCAAUAAGUUUAGUUUCUUUUCAGAUUUGUUUUAAAGUAUGAAAUGAACUUGUGUUGUAGCAAAAGAGUGAAAAAGAUGUUUGAAAAAAAAAUGUCCUCUGUUCAUUUUGUCUAUUUAUACUGACUCCUGGGACGAUGACCAGUGGGAAUAAAUAUGAGGGACACUGUGUGUAGAUAAAAAAGAAAAAAUGAUCAAUAUGUGCCUGCCUUCCAUGUCCGUAUUUAUCCCAAAGACUCAAAUCGCCACCCUUUUACAUCAGUCACCGGUCACAAUACAGAUAAUGAUGUCAUUCUGCUUGUGGUUCAGAAGGAAUGUGGGCUAAAUUAAAUUUCUUUGCAACGUUGUUAGUAUUCCAAUUUUCACAUGAUCAGUAUUUUAUUUAUUAAGAGGAAGUAUGUAAUAGUUUUGUAUUUGGGAAGAAUUAAACUUUGUCAGUAUUG